GCUCAGCCUACGAUCCGUGCAAGGCUACCCUUGCGGGCUUGCCAACCUGCUCACGGCUCACAGGCAAGGGACGACUAGUUUCCGGAUUUCUACUCGGAAAUCCGAUAGCAAAGAGGAGUAUAGACGCGUCGCAGGUCGCAGCAUUAGCCGAACCAGGUAGAGGCAUCGAAAAAGCGGUGAGCCAAGCAGCACAAGCUGAAAAGGGCUCGGAGACGCCGAGACGGCAUUAUAUAGGGGUAGUACGCUUGCCUCGCUUCGCCAUACCGUCCCCGUGCGCCGCGCACGUUCCACCCCGCCUCCGCAAGUAGCGCAACCUACCGCGACACAGUAGGGUAGAGUGGCGGAGUAGAGACUGAGGGAGAGGCGAGCCAGCGCGCAGGAGUUUGCCUCCGCUGCGCGCGCGCGUCGUCUUUGUCCAGCCGUGCAGGAGGAAAAGGACGGCAUGACGGCCGUGGUGGCGGCGGUGGAGGCGGGGGUGGUGGCGGUGGCAAGAGGCAGGAGCAGCAGGCUGGUGUCGAGCCUCUACUGGCGCCUGCGCGCGGUGGUGCGGCGGCUGCAGUCGGAGCGGGCCAGGCGCGGGCGCCGGUUCAGCUUCCACUACGAUGCGCUCAGCUACGCGCUCAACUUCGACGACGGCCGCGCCGCCGCCGCCGACUUCGCCCUACUCCAAAGCGACCCGCUUCGGUGACCGAUUGCCUACUGGGUUUCUUCAGAGGUUGGGUUCUGCAGUUUUGCUUUUGCCAGAGGCUGGUGUACGAGAGAUGGUAGGGUUUGUGUUCUUCGCUUCUUGAUGUGAUGAUUAGGACCUGCUAUUUCGGGUGAUGGGAAGGCAAAUCCCGUACUGAUUUCGCGGCGAUGAUUUGCAGGGGAGCACUCGCACGCGUAUUUGCUGUUUUGGUGCUUGUUUUUCUCGAUUUCUUGCCGGUUCCCCUGCAUUUCUUUGGCCGCUCAUGCUAGAGAGCCGUCGUGCCGAUGCUUGUACAAGACAAUUUGCUCUUUUGUGAGUCCUGACAUCGGCAGCAAGUUCUUGCACAAGCAUUACAGCAAACAGCAGCCAUAUCCCCUAUCACUACUAAUCCAACUGCUUCUAUGCACUAAAGUAGUCUUGAACAUGUUCUUGUUUCGUCAAGAGAUGUGUUAUCGGUGCGCAUCAGUAUCAUAUCACGAAUUUUCGUGAGCUGCACCUACCCCUACAAGCUUAACUUUCAAACUCGAAGGUACUUACUCCAAGGAAAAUGGUGGCUAGGUGACAUCCCUCUGCUGGCUCUCAAGUCUUAUUACUGUGUUACGCAGGGAAAAAAAGAAGUAGAUGAGAGUAAAAAUAAAGUUGAUACGUAAGAAAAUUUUCAUUUGAAGAGCUAGUUGUAGAGCUUUGAUAGGCUCCACUCUCUCCCCUGGAUAAGUCAGGCUCCGUUAGCCUAGGCUGAGACGGGGAGUGAUCUGUAGAGCUCUCUUGUAAUGUAGAGAAGAGAAAAGAUAACUGUAGUGAAAAUAGUUUUAUUAAAUUAUGAUUAUAAUUUUAAUGAUAAAUUAUAAUAUAGUUAUGAAAAUUAAUAUGUUUGUUAAAAAUAUAUGUUCUAUGAAUAUAAUAUAUUAAAAAGUUAUCGUAGCUAAAAUAAAAUUUAAUUGAAGUAGAGAAAAUUUAGGAUAAUUGAUCUUAUCGGAAGACAUGAUGUAUAAGAGUUUAUACUUAUCAGAUUAUUGUAUAUAGAGGUUGAUAUUUUUAUCGGAUAGUUUGAUGUUACGUGUGUUGAAUUUACUAUAAUUUUUUAUUAAAGGAGUAAAAUGCUAAUGAUCAGACAGUCUGUUGAUCUAUAGAGGGUAACAUCGAAAUAUUUUUUUAAGGAAAAAUAUGAGUGCAACAUACUGAAGAUCAAUCUAUCAUAAUGUUUAGUGUUUGGUUUGUGCACACUUGAGUAUAGUAUUGGAGCAUCUUUUUAGAGAUAAUUGCAAGUAUUGAAGAAUAAAUAUUAAUUCAUUGGAUAGUUCGGUGAUCAUAGAGGUAGUUAUACUGGAGCAUUUUUAUGAAAAAAAAAGAAUGUUUAACUCAUCGGUUGGUCUGUUAUGAAUGAAAUGAAUAUCGAAUGAAUUCACUGUAGUAUUUUUACAUAUAGAGAUUGUAAAGGCUCGAAUGGUUUAAGAUAACUUAUCAGAAGAUUCAAUGAUAGAUUUAAAGGCAUAAGAAAGUGUUCGGUGUUUACAAAGAUUGU